CAUUAUCUCUGUUUCUUCUGCUGCACGACUGAGAGGUGAGGGAGAAGUGGAUCAGAGGGUGAGGAGGUUUUAUUUUCUUCAAGAUUAGAGAAGGUAGAAGAGGGAGAGAGGAAGGCAAAAAGGGGGAGGGAGAGAUAAACAGAGGCAGUUUGAGGCGGUAAACACGUCCCGUCCAGAGUCCGCUCUCCUCUAAACACAGCAGGCUGAAUCAGCAUCUGUCUGAAACAGGAGGACAAACUGCAGCGAGUAAAAAACACUGUUGUUGUCAGUCUGGAUACACUGAAAGGAAGAUAAACUGAAUAAAUACAAGAAAGAUCGGAUUAGUUGUGAGAUUAAAGAUCUUGAUUUACCAGUAGAGAAGAGCAAACCACAGCCAUGGACUCAGACGUCUCCCACAGCUUCUCUUGUCUUUGCAGCAAGAUGAAACAGCAGCACAUGAGCAGAAGUAGCAGCAGGACCACCUCCAGACCCUACCGGCCUCUCCUCCACCCCAGGACUCUGCUCCUGCUGCCCCUGCUGCUCCUGCUCUGUCUCUCCCUGUGGAGCCAGCAGGCCGAGGCCCUGGUCCACUCCAGCUUCAGACGGCUCAGCGGCCGCGAGAAGAAGGAGAUGCAGAAGGAGAUCUUGUCCAUCUUGGGUCUGCCGGGGCGACCCAGACCCCAUCCGCCGCUACGACCGCCCUCGUCUGCACCGCUCUUCAUGCUGGACCUGUACCACGCCAUGUCUGCUGAUGGAGAGGAUGAAGGGAAUGAGAUUAUUGUAAAUGGCCCUGGGAUGGGGAAGUUUGGAGGGACAGAAAGGUUGACACAGGUCAGCCACGCAGUCCUGCCGACACUUAGCACGUACACACCACCGCUGGGCACGGUGGUCAGUGAGGCCGACACGGUGAUGAGCUUCGUCAACCUGGUGGAGCAGGAGCGUGACCUCCUGCAGCCUCGUCCGUACUGGAAGGAGUUUCGUUUUGAUCUGACGCCCCUCCCUCAGGGUGAGACGGUGACGGCAGCAGAGUUCCGUAUCUAUAAGACCCUGACGAUGGGCCAGAGGGCCAACCGAACUCUGCACAUCUCCGUCUACGAGAUCCAGCGAGAGAGCAGACACAGAGAGCCAGAGCUGGUGCUGCUGGACAUGCAGUCGGUGCCUGCAGGACAGGAGGGCUGGCUGGCCUUCGACGUCACCUCAGCAUCCAACCACUGGCUCCUCCACCCCCGCAGCAACCUGGGCAUACGUCUCUAUGUGGAGACAGAAGAGGACCGCUCCCUGUCUGCGGGCUGGAUCGGGUUGGUGGGACGCAAGGGUCCUCGCUCCAAACAGCCCUUCAUGGUGACCUUCUUCAGGGAGACUCAGGUCCCGUGUCGGCCGCCACGAGCUGUCAGGCCACAUCCCCGCAGGAAGAAGCCCAAAUACGACCUCCCAGUCCCCAGCAUCCACAAUCGGAGUCCUAUAAACAGUGGAGGUCAGCCCUGUAAAAAACAUGAACUCUACGUCAGCUUCAGUGACCUGGGAUGGAAGGACUGGGUUUUGGCCCCCACUGGAUAUUCAGCGUACUACUGUGAUGGAGAGUGUUUUUAUCCUCUGGGCUCCUGCAUGAACGCCACCAACCACGCCCUCAUCCAGCAAGUGGUCCACCUCCUGAAGCCCGACGAGGUUCCUAAAGCGUGUUGCGCGCCCACCAAGCUCAGUCCCAUCUCUGUCCUCUUCUACGACGACAACAACAACGUCAUCCUCAAAAAACACCGUAACAUGGUGGUGAAGACGUGUGGGUGUCUAUGAGUCGAAAAGGUUCCACUUGGACACUGAACAGUCCGAAACCAAACAAAAUGUACAUGGUUGAUUAGUUUCCCCUGACAUGAACUCUGCGAACAAAUUGGAUGACAAAGGGGCCAGAAAUCUAAUUUAAUCAUGUUUGUUAACAUUUUUUUUUUUUUUAUUACACCUUUUGAGUCUUGUGUAUUUGUUGAUGUCAAAACUGUCAGCUGGGCCCUUGCACUCAAUAGCUGAAGUAUUAUGAAUUAUUUGAAGGACCUUUUUAUACCUUAACAGCAUAUUGAUUCACAUUUAGUCUUCAUAGACGGGUUUAAAUGGCUAAUUGGAUGACAGAACAUGCCAUUAGUGAUGAGUGUUUAGUUUUAACAAGAAAUUAAAUGACAGCACAACUAUUGUUGCAAUGCAAAGUCUAUAUAAAGAGAAUAUGUAUAAUUGUAUUGAAUUAAUAAAAAAUAUAUUAACAUUC